CCCCUCUGCGCUGCCGCGUCUCCCGCCCUGGAGGCCGCGGAUCGCCCGGAGUCCCGGGAGGGAGGUCGCCCCCGGGGUGGGGGGACCGCCCGGCAGCCCUGCGCCCUCCGGCUCCCGGGCACACUCACCGAAGUCCCGGGUCCCCUCCGACGGGGCCUCCUGGGUGAAAAUCCAGGGGGGGUUGGUGGCGUAGAGGGAGGUGGCGGGAGGGUUGGCGUGCUUCUUGCCGAAGAGUUUGCUGAAGGUGCCCUGCACCGUCGGGUUCUUUUUCAUGCUGCCGCCGGUCGAGCAGGCGCCGGGGAGGAACGUUCCUCCGCCUCCUGCCCUGCUCCGGACUGGACUCCUCACCGUCUCCCCAGGGGCCUCUACCAGGCCAUGCCCCCGCGCCGUCCUCCCCGCCCACGCACCGGGAGACAGGUGCUGCGGGCGCCGCCGCUCGCCGGGAAAUGCGAGCUACCUGGACAGGACUCACAGAAACCCUCAGUAUUCAGCCAUGGGCCGAAGAUGCCAUCAGGCAAAAAGGUGAAGGCUCCACGCUGUCCCCUGUCCAGGUCGUGGAAGCAGGACCAUGAACAGACUCUGGCGGAGGCCUAUGUGCCGGUGGUGGUGGACCCCAGGGGGCAGAACCCGAACAAGCUCAGGUUCAAUUUCUACACCUCCCAGUACUCCAACACCCUGAACCCCUUCUACACCUUGCAGAAGCCUACCUGCGGCUCCCCGUACCGCCGGGACACCGACCACACCCGCAAGCGCUUCGACGUGCCUCCUGCCAACCCGGUCUUGUGGCGCUCGUAGACCUGUGCCAGUCAGAAGCCCCCUACCCUGCACCCUCACCGCCAUGAUCCCGGGUCCCAGAGGGGAAGGGCUGCUCCCUCCUGGAGGAGCAGAAAGUGUCUGGGCUAGGACGGCUGUGCCCUGCCCACUGUCAACAAUGGCAAAGGAGGUCUCACUUCUCAGCAGCAAUUAAAGUUUGUCCUGCCUUUCCCUGGCAUCUGAAUGGGUGGCCGUGGGUGGGUAGACUGAGGCCACAGGGGUGUCGUAAGCAAUGUUAUGUCCAGAGGUGCCUGAAGACUUGGAAAGACUUGAUUCUCGUCACCUCACCCCAAGAGUAACCCCAACUCCCCUCCAGAGCCUGAGUCCCAAGCAAAGUCCAUACUGGCCACGCCCUCCCCGUGGCCCAGGCUUGGCAAGCCAUCCAACAACAAGAAAGAGAUACAUCAACUGACCAUGACAGGGGGUUGGAGCAGCCCCUGGAGAAUGGGGAAGUCCUGUAGGGAGCAAACCCGGUCUCCAGGGGGCCUCCUCUCCAGCCCUAGUUUUACAUAAAACCACCUCUUCUGACUUGUAAUUUGUUGGCGAGGGAUGGAUUUCCCAUCUCAAGUCUCACCUCUGGUCCAGCAGAACUGACUCUGAGGUGAGGUAGGCCAUGGGCCAUGGUUCAUGGAGAAGGGGGAUGAAGCCAGAGGGCACUUGAGCUCAGUGAGCUCUGGUCACUGCCACCCAGGCCUGGAUCCGAUGGCCUGCCGGCACCAGCUCAGACCAGCCUGUGACAGCUGACUGUGGACAUCUCCCAACUCCUCAACCAGUGACUUCCUGCUGGUAGCUUGAAAUCAGCCGUGGUGGAAGUGUUUACACCACGGAAACCAGCAAACACCUAUAAAGUGGGGUUUCUUUUUUUCCAGAGAGUCAGUGGUUAAAUUCACCACUGGGUGAAUCCAACUGGUUUCAUGUCUAGGAUUCACAUCCCCUUCUAGGUAGCGUGGCGUAUUCAGUGGAGCAUUCUUCUAGAGCACAAGAGGCUGGGGCUGGUGUGGGGUGAAGGGACAGGAUGCUGAGGACCCAGACCAGCAGCCAGUGCUUGGCCAGGCUGCCCUGGAUACCCUUCCUAAAAAGAAGAUGGUAAGUGGAGAGAAAGGGCGAGAGGGCCUCCUAAAUAUCACCUAACAGCGAAGAAUCCAGUUUCUUCUGUGCGUUCGAGGUAGGCUGUCUUUCAAGGUAGAAGCUUUCCUCCAAUGUCUGGUGAUCCUAGGCUGGAAGCAGGCCAUUUGACAUCUGUACCAAGUCUCUCCUGCCUGGUUGUCAUUCAAGGAACCAGUGUGAGAAGGAGCUUGC